GUCAGCUGUCGCACAUGGUAACAUAUUUGUGGCCGCCAAUUACAUAAUUUAAUUUAAACGAACCGCAGCUCGUAAUGGCUUCGUUGGCCGCGCGCGAAUAUGUUGAUUGCAUCCGUCACACACGCGCUUCUUCAUCCUUGGUGAAACUUGUUCGACCGCGGCAUUUCUCAAGUUUUCGUGAGAAGUGUGAUGUGUGUGCAAGCAAGUGAAAUCACUCUUCUUGAAGUGUACAGAAAUGGAGCUGAAGCGGCUGCCUACCGAAGUAGUAAGCAAGCUGAGGGCGGGAGUCGCAGUCGUGAGUGUCGCGCACUGUAUGGAAGAACUAGUUCUGAACGCCCUGGACGCCGGUGCAACGUGUGUUGCUGUUCGUCUGAAUAUGACCUACCAUAAAGUUCAAGUUGUGGACAACGGUCAUGGAAUGCCGAGGGAUCAGCUCGAAAACUGUGGGGAAAGGUACUGUACCAGCAAAUGCAGCACACUCAGCGAUUUGGAGCACCCGAAGUUUUACGGAUACCGCGGGGAAGCUGUAUCAAGCAUUGUGGAAAUGUCCGGAAUAGUCCAGAUCGAGUCCAAGUCAUCCACCUGUGCCCAUUCGUGGUGCAAAACGUUUGCCCGCGGUAAACUCCGAGAACUCACGCCGUCCGCCACAAACAGACCAAGCGUCGGCACCACAGUCACAGUAUUGGACUUCAUGUACAACUUACCUGUCAGAAGAGGCUGCCUCUCAGAAGCAAUCGACUUCGAAUUCUGCCUUCAACACCUCGAAGGCAUCGCGCUGAGCCAUCCGGAAGUGUCGUUCACUUUGCGCAAUGACGUUACCGGUGAAAAACUCUUUCAGACACACAAAACGAAUUCCGUACUUGACAUCUUUGCUCAACUGUUUGGAGCUCAAAGAGCAGCGACACUGAAGCGCACUUUCAUCAAGAAAAAGCACUUCGCUGUAGAAGCGUACAUCAGUCUUGAAGGACACACUACAAAACAGCUGCAGUUUGUGUACCUCAACAAGCGCCUGUUGCGCAAGACCCGCAUUCACAAGCUUUUUCACAAUGUCAUCAAAAAGUAUGUGCUUGGGUUUCACACAAAGUCAGUGGCCCUCCCCGGAAGUCCAAGCAAGCUAAGAAACAAGCAACCUGUGUUCGUCAUCAUUUUUAACUGUACCUCCAGGACCUUUGAUAUCACCUACGAACCGCAAAAGACUUUUGUGGAGUUCACUGAUUGGGACGAAGUGACAAAGUUGUUUGAACAGCUGCUUAAUGACUUCCUACACGAGCACGCCGUCAUAAGCCACAACUUUGUCAUAAAUGGUGAGCUAGCAUUCUCACAGAAAACGCCUCCUGAAUGUGAGCCACCAGUGAGAACCGAUUUGAACAUCAACAUUGAAAAUGUGCCAAAUGCACUGGUUUCAAGGAAGGUAUGCAGAAAGGGGCCAAACAAUGUAGCAGAACCUGUUGAAGAGGAACGUAUCGCAUUAGAAGACAUUGCCGUUUGUACAGUGCACUCAGCCAGUGAAAAACAUUUAGGGCAUACUGAAAUGCCGUUGGUGCAUAGUUUGAACACAAAGGCUGAUAUGCUCCAAGGCAAGGACGUAGGUGCUCAUCAUCCCAAAGUUGCAAUUGCCCUACCGCCAUCUUUUUCAGCUGUCUCAAGUACAAGACCAUUGCUCUGUAUGCCAGGAAAUGACACACUCUUUGACAUUGGCAAAAAAUGUAACUUCGUGAAGCGAGGUCAGUCUAGAACAAUGCAUUCUGAACAGACAUGUGGUACAGCAAAGCAGUGCAAUGUUCCUGAAGACAUUCAUACUCAGAGAUAUAGGUCUGCUUACCAUCACCAAAAUAAUCCAAGUACUGAUGCAGCAAGUCCCCGGAACACAGAUAUGGUACACGGGUUCAUUCACAAAGAGUCUAACUGCCAUAAACGGGCAGUGUCCUUGGCUCCAGAGACAAAUUUAUGCAUCAAAAACACUAAAAAUGCACCUGUAGUUGCAUGUAUGGAAAAAAAGAGAGAACUAGCUGCGAAACAUUCGAACUCAAGUGAUGAAUCACUCAUCAGGAAACUUUAUUGCAAGUAUAAUUCAAGCCCAAUGAGCUAUCACGAAAAUAACCCAAAAAGGAAGAUGAAUGACGCACCAAUUCCACAGCAAACUGAUGUAGUGCACAAGCCCUCUCAUAAAGAACAUGGUUGCCAUGAAAGAACCAUGUCUUUUAACCCAGAAUAUACAUCGCACAUCGAAAGUACUAGAAAUGCACCUGUAGCCACAUGUAUGGCGAAGACAAGGCAACUAGCUGCAAAAAAUUUGCACUCAAGUGAAAAAACACUCAGAAGAAAAAUGCAUUGCAAAGAUAAUUCAAGUGAUGUGAGUGACGCUUGUGAUGCAUCCAACAACUUGGUGCCUGUUCCUUCAGACAAGGCGCAAGGUCAUGCAGCUGUAAUUAUUGACCCCAUAAUUUCACAGAGUCACACUCUCUCCACCAAGUCAAUACCUCUGGCCACAAAGCUACACCGAAGAAUGAAAACUCACCUUCCCACCACCAAGCAUGCAAGUGCUACGCUCACAUCUUUUGCUAUUCCUGACAUCCCAUCGUGCGAGGCAGCAGCUCGUCUUUGCGCAACGAGUGAGUCGUUCAUGCAGACAGCAGAUUUCAGAUGCUUGUGUGUGCAGGUGCAACAGCUCUGCCCCUUGCAUGGCACAGAAGUCAUACCUAGUAAAGUACUUAGAUUUGACCGACGUGCGCUUCAGCAUGACGUGGAAAAUGCCCUUGAUGAGACAAUCAAAUCAGCAUGUCAGACACAGAGGUUCAUACCAGAAACAUCGGCAGAGCCUUUCACUUGCUCAGAUCAUCAUGAAUCUUAUUUCACCCUAGGUCAGAACAAGGAAACAGCCAUGACACUUGUGCAGAGCACACAACCUUUCACAAUGCAUGCAGAAACGAAGAGCGACCCCGCUGCCUGUGAAGUGGUGGAAAUGGCCUCUCUCAGUGGUUCUUCUGUAGAAAUUGAUGGCAUCAGUUCCAGUGAGGAGUUCGCACCUGCUAUCACAGCGGAAGAUCAGUCAACAGAUGCCACUCAAGCCACGUCCACAUCACCACCAGGCAUCGGCCAUGGGAGUUCAGAAAGUGGCCGUGUACCGACUGCUACAAGAAGCUCCUUUUCACUCAGUCAAGUGCGGCUGAUUCAAAACAACACCCAAAAACAUCCAAAUUCAAAUGAAAAAAUAUCCAAAACUUGUAAGGAGGGUGUAACGUGCAGCCUCUUUUCUGCAAGUCCACAGAAAAGUGCAUCGCAGCGUAUAACGCUUACAAAGACAUUACAUGUCGCUGAAAUGAUCCCUCCUUGUAUGAAGAAUGACAAUUCGUGGAGCAUAGCAACCACUGAAGAUGAACUGGGAGGUCUCACACAGCCGUCACCCGUUGAGAAUCCAUCACAGCAGUCGAGUAAAUGCAAAGAACCUAACACAUUUGGCACUGAAACCAUGCAGCAACAACUUGCUAGCCUUACAGAGGGCUCUACUGCCAUUCGAGGAGACCAACCUCCUGCUGUCAUCGUUGAACAAAGCAGAGCAGAUGAUAUGUCCACUGUUGAGGUGUACCCCGGUAACUGGGCAGCAUGUAUAGAUCCAACAUCGGGUGAAAAAGUGUUCAUCAAUAUGACGUCAGGAAACUCAUCUUUUAGCUUACCAUCACUUUGCCUCGAGCAAGAGAACCAUGCUCCGACAGGAGCUCGUGACACUGCGCAACAAAGAAACUCUUCCUUGGCUCCCGCUCCCUUCAUACAGCAGUUUCAACCCAGGCCCCAAGAUGAACGGCCACAGUUUGGGUGUUCACCAGACCCCGAGCAAGCAGACGUUGCAAACAUAGUCCGUGUAUGGAACAACCCAGCCCUUUUGUGCAGCACCACAGGCCAGGACAUUGUGGAUGGUGGGCUGCACUCGAACGAUGGUGGCUCAGGGCCACUGUACAGGAUCACACAAUCAUACAAGUUCAGGAAGGAGAUGCUUGCUUACGUUCAGUUAAUAGGUCAAGUGGAUGCAAAGUUCAUCGCCUGCCUCAUGCCUUUGUCUCAAAACAUGGUUGUUCAGGGAGAGAGUCUGAUUGUGCUGUUUGACCAACAUGCUGCUCACGAGAGAGUUCGGCUUGAGUGGCUGUUAGAGAAUCAAUACGAGGCAAGAGGACAGGCACGAUGCGUUCGGUCCUCAGCAUUGAACAUGGACCUGACCAUUACCUUGGAACCCGACACCCUUCGACGGGCGGUGAUUUGCGAGAGAGAAAUGCGCAAGCUUGGCAUCCACUACACUGUCCAGAACUCCAGCUUGUCAUUCAAUCGUCUUCCUGCGUGUCUCCUAGAAAGAGAUGAAAGUGAGCAGCGAGCUGGCCGGCCAUCGACCCUUGCAUCUCGUAUGGAGGAGCUCCUCAGAGACCACACAGAAGUGCUGUUGGGCACAAGGCACAGUGCCAUUGCCUUGCCAAAAUUCCUGAUGGAUGUGCUCAGCUCCCAGGCAUGCCACGGCCCUUCUGAGCACAUCGCUAGUUAUUGGAGGAGUUUCUGUAUCCUGUUCAGUACCGUUUCUAAUGGAGGUAUUCCUGAUUCCUCUGGGUAUUGUACAGGUGCCAUCAGGUUUGGAACUGUGCUGGAAAAGUCAGAGUGCGCCAAGAUUUUGAGAGCCCUGUCAAAGUGCACGCUGCCUUUCCAGUGUGCCCACGGGAGACCGUCUCUUACGCCAAUUGUGGAUCUGCGAUUCUUGCCAUCUGAGGAGAAGGAAUGCCGGAAGCCUAACUUGGCUACUCUGCUUGCAAGGCUGAAGAGCGACAUCAACCCUGAGAUGAUGGCGGUGAAGAUUAACUAGAGAGAUGUCUGUUCAGGAAUGCCAUCAAGCAGUUGUAGUUAUGAAUGAAUUGACUGCGAGAGCUGUGAAUAUGGCAAUGUUGCCUAUUAAAUAAAAUCUCUAUGGGUCUUAUAUCAGUUCUGUAAUAUAUGAAAUGUGUAUGCACACACUGUGAUGACAUAAUAAAAUUAACUUCCACUAGAUAAUCUGGCUUUUUUUUGUAAUGCCACUCCAGUCCGUACAGAGAAUAAGUCACACUAUCAAACUGGCCACCAGCCAAUAUCAUGCUGAAUAUCGCAUGUGUAUAGCAAUAGUAGUGCGAAGGUGUGGUUUCGGCUCCCACCGGUGGCAAGUUGUUUUUCCGUCCACUUUCAUUUCCUUUUAAUUUAUCAUUUCUACAUUUCAGUUAAAGUGACAAAUAACUUCCUCUAUGCUUUCUUUGGUUUCACAUGAUUCUGAUUAACCAAAAUCGGGCCCCUUGGUUGCCUUUAUUAUCGGUCUAAUUAUUUAUUUUAUUUUUAUGUAUUGAUACUGCAAUCCCGAUAUUGUGAUUACAGCAGGGUGGGAAAAAAGAAGUAAGCAAUUUCACAAAGCAGGCAAAACGCAAACCAAAAAGAAAUAAGGGUGCGUCUUUCCUGUUUUGUAUCCAGAAGAGGGUUAUAGCGCCGAAAAAACACAACACACAGCAAGCGAGACGGGACAGGCGCAACUUCCAACUGUUUAUUCACCGCGUAUGCGAAUGAAUAUAAGGUCAAACAAAGAUGGGUAGCAAGAACCACACAUGCGCACGAGGUUUUUACAAAAAGCGGAUAAAGAUAGGUGAGGUACACACGUAUCUCACGCCCGUGUAUCUAAAAAGUCAGUUUCAUUCUUAUAAAUGGAGAUAGAUGGGGCGCUAACACAAUCGCUACAGUUUCUUUGAAUAUAGUAGGCCUCCAACAGUUCACGGGCUGUCUGGUCCUUACUUCUGCUUAAAACCUUUGCUUCUUUCAGCCUUGCCACACACUUAAUCUUCCUUUCUUCUCCGCAGGCUUUACAAUGAUGCGGCAGAUGAGAACCAGUACCAUUUUUUAAAUCGCGAUUAUGUUCCGCUAAUCGGUCAUUAAUACAACGGCCGGUUUGUCCGAUGUACUUCUUUCCACAUGUGAGAGGUAUCUGAUAUACGACACCCACGGCACAUUUAACAAGUGGGGCUGCAUGUCUCUUUUUACAGUCAGUUUUUUUUAUCUUGUUGGGAUCAGUUUUCACGCACAAGCCAGCCAGUUUCUUUGGGGCAGAAAAAACCACAGGAACCUUAUAUUUUGUCGCUACAUGCUUCAAAUUGUGCGCUACCUUAUGGGUGUACGGGAUGACAACCGGUCUAUUUUUGCUUUUGGGGACGUCAUCUUGGUCGCCCCUCUUUGUACUUUCUUUUUUCAAUUUUCUCAACAAGGCUUCCGCUACUCCGGUUAAAAUCGAGGUUGGAAAGCCUGCUUUUUCCAACUUCCGAAUCUGGGUGUUAAAGCUUUCCUCUGCCUUAUGGCAACAAGAUUUCUUCAGCAACGCUUCCAGGCACAUCUGAGCAAUGGCGCGCUUUACUGUCUUUGAAUGGGAUGAAUCAUAAGGCAUUAGUUCUUUUUGUGCGCGAGGGCGAUACAUCCAGCAAAAGCUUUGGUCAUUAAGGGUGAUGUCAAUGUCUAAAAACUGCAAUCUGUUGCCUUGGGCAAGCUCAUGGGUGAAGUCUAAACCUUUUCCAAGUAGUUUAAAACCAGAUAAAACUUCUUCCACUAUUUGUGGGUAAGAUGAGGAAACCUGUUUCUUUAAAAUAAUUAAAAAAUCGUCAACGUAUCUAAAAGUUUUCAGCACUUUGGCUUCGUCGAAAGUAUCUGCCAGUGACCUGUCCAUCUGCGCGAGAAAGAUGUUACAUAGCACUGGAGCAACGCAGGAACCAAUGCAAAUUCCUUUUUUUUUUUUUUUUUUUUUUGCAUUGGUUCCUGCGUCGCUCCAGUGCUAUGUAACAUCUUUCUCGCGCAGAUGGACAGGUCACUGGCAGAUACUUUCGACGAAGCCAAAGUGCUGAAAACUUUUAGAUACGUUGACGAUUUUUAAAUUAUUUUAAAGAAACAGGUUUCCUCAUCUUACCCACAAAUAGUGGAAGAAGUUUUAUCUGGUUUUAAACUACUUGGAAAAGGUUUAGACUUCACCCAUGAGCUUGCCCAAGGCAACAGAUUGCAGUUUUUAGACAUUGACAUCACCCUUAAUGACCAAAGCUUUUGCUGGAUGUAUCGCCCUCGCGCACAAAAAGAACUAAUGCCUUAUGAUUCAUCCCAUUCAAAGACAGUAAAGCGCGCCAUUGCUCAGAUGUGCCUGGAAGCGUUGCUGAAGAAAUCUUGUUGCCAUAAGGCAGAGGAAAGCUUUAACACCCAGAUUCGGAAGUUGGAAAAAGCAGGCUUUCCAACCUCGAUUUUAACCGGAGUAGCGGAAGCCUUGUUGAGAAAAUUGAAAAAAGAAAGUACAAAGAGGGGCGACCAAGAUGACGUCCCCAAAAGCAAAAAUAGACCGGUUGUCAUCCCGUACACCCAUAAGGUAGCGCACAAUUUGAAGCAUGUAGCGACAAAAUAUAAGGUUCCUGUGGUUUUUUCUGCCCCAAAGAAACUGGCUGGCUUGUGCGUGAAAACUGAUCCCAACAAGAUAAAAAAAACUGACUGUAAAAAGAGACAUGCAGCCCCACUUGUUAAAUGUGCCGUGGGUGUCGUAUAUCAGAUACCUCUCACAUGUGGAAAGAAGUACAUCGGACAAACCGGCCGUUGUAUUAAUGACCGAUUAGCGGAACAUAAUCGCGAUUUAAAAAAUGGUACUGGUUCUCAUCUGCCGCAUCAUUGUAAAGCCUGCGGAGAAGAAAGGAAGAUUAAGUGUGUGGCAAGGCUGAAAGAAGCAAAGGUUUUAAGCAGAAGUAAGGACCAGACAGCCCGUGAACUGUUGGAGGCCUACUAUAUUCAAAGAAACUGUAGCGAUUGUGUUAGCGCCCCAUCUAUCUCCAUUUAUAAGAAUGAAACUGACUUUUUAGAUACACGGGCGUGAGAUACGUGUGUACCUCACCUAUCUUUAUCCGCUUUUUGUAAAAACCUCGUGCGCAUGUGUGGUUCUUGCUACCCAUCUUUGUUUGACCUUACAUUCAUUCGCACACGCGGUGAAUAAACAGUUGGAAGUUGCACCUGUCCCGUCUCGCUUGCUGUGUGUUGCGUUUUUUCGGCGCUAUAACCCUCUUCUGGAAACAUGCACCAACUAGCCCCCCAACAAGUAUUACCCUGUCUUGUAUGUUUCCUGUGUGCAUCUUUUUUGACAGUUUAUUUCUUAAUAAAUGGUGCAGGUUGAAGCUCUGCAGCCAGUAUCAGGAGUACAACAUUUUAAGAAGAUGUCAAACAGUAAAAAAAAAAAAAUCCAAUAGAACAAUAAAGUGACAGAAUGCAGUAACACACACUAGGUAAUAAGUUGUUUGAACAACGUCAGUGACGGCUGCAACACUUCAUUUUUAGUGAGGUUAUUCCAACUGGUAAUAGUUUGCGGAAGGAAUGAGUAUUUAAAGCAGUUAUUACGGACACGAAAAGGAGCUAACGUUAGCUGAUGUCAUUGUUGGGUCGCAUACUCAGAUGAAAAAUGAAGAAUGGGCACCUUCAGUUCUGUUGUGUCCUUUAAUUAAUUGGUACACAAAUUUAAGUCGUGCAGAACGAUUUCGCUCAGUUAUUGUCGGCAGGCCAGUUUUAACCCUUUCAGGGUCAAUGACGUAAAUAUACGGCGCCACGAACAAGUCCAAAAUGGUCAAUGGCGUAUAUUUAUGGUGCUGUCUGUACAUUUAUAUAGCGUGCCAAUUUCCUAAUUUUUUUCUUUCCUGGCAUGUGCUGCCACUAUGUGGGAAUACAGGGAAUUUUUUUCUCGCACCUCCCUCUCUUGGUUUUUGUCGCAUGGUUUGUUUUAGGGCUUCUAUAUACUACCGCUUGCGCAUUGGCGCAUGCAUGGGCGGGCGACAGUUCGGGUUUUCUUCCACGGGUGGUUUCAGCUUCUUGCGCUCACGAAACUGAUGGCUAUCUCAUUACUAAUCGUUCAAAGGGCAGCCACCUGUUUCUCACUCGUUUAGUGCUCACAGGGGUGAGCAUAGGAAGGGUGCCGCCGUGCAUGCAUUUCCUUUUUUUUGGGAGGGGGGGGGGGGAGACUUGUGAUAUCUAAUUGCCUCUGGUUGACGAUAAGAUGAAGAUUAGCGGAAGUUUGUCACUUGUUUGACGGGCACACAACCACACAGUUUGCUUCGGUGCGCUCAUCUACGCAGUUCGAUUAGGAAAUGGAUGUGAAUAUUAGAGUAAGAGCAGGAACAUUUGAGACUUGCGAAAUAUUCUCGUGUGCGCAUAUUCUAACUAAGCCUUGAACUAUAACAACGCAUCAAAUUUUUAAUUCUUAUAAGUUCAUUUCCUUUUUUUAUUGUUGUUAUUCAUGAAUAAAGAGUACAUAUACAUAUACCAAUGCAAAAUAUAUUUUUCUCACUUUACGGUUACCCUAAAAAAAUUACAGUAAAUUUUUUUCGAAAUAGGUCCCUUAGAAGAAUUGGAAUCUGCAAUAAAAAAAAUCGACACUGGGCGGUUGCAUAUGGUGAAAAAAAUCAAUCCUGAAAGGCUUAAUUAAAAGAUGUGUUACUGAUAUACGUUGACGUCGGGAAUUGUUAUAUAUGUAUCGAGCAGCCCACCUCUGAACCCUCUCUACUUUGUUUACGUUAGCCGUAGUGAGUGGAUCCCAAAUGUUAGCCACCUAAUCUUAGGAAGGCAAAACAAUACAUUUGUAAGCAAGGCGGCAGACAGAUAGAACGGACAACCAUUAAUAAUGCCCAUCUUAAGAAAACAAUUUAUCAAAAGCAUUACACAUGAAAUCAGUAUGUUUAUUUCAGCUAAGAUUGUUAGUGACCCAGUGGCCUAAAUACUUAUAUUCUGUUACUUCUGCAAGUGUCACACCAUUAGUGCUGUAAUCAAACAGUAAGGCAUUCUUUUUGUGAGCGAUCCUCAUUAUUGCAGACUUUUCAAAGUUGAUGGACAUUUGCUGUGAUUCACCGUAUGCAGAAACUUCUGGCAACAUGGUAUCCAGCAGUAAUUUCUAUGAGGCACUUCUUACUUCCGUAUAAAUGACACAAUCAUCGUUGUAAAGUCUAAUUUUCACAGGAGCGUCACAGACAAUGUCAUAAAUAUAUAUAAAAAAACAACAGAGGCCCAAGAACAGGGCACUGAGGAACACCAGAGUUAACUGCAAGCCUGUCAGAACAUUGAUAGUUAAAAACAAUGAAUUGUUGUCUGUUUAAAAGGUAGGCUAAAAUGCACUUUACUAAUUAUUUGUUAUGAAGUAUUGGGUCUAAUUUAUAAAUUAACUUUUCGUGAGUGACCCUGUCGAAAGCUUUCGAGAAAUUCAUAAAUACUGCAUCAAUGUGUGUUCCAUUGUUAACUGAAGAGGCAAGAUCAUGUAUAGUUUCUACAAGCUGUGUACAAGUUGAGUAGCCUCUCCUGAAUCCAUGCUGAUAUUUAGUAAAAAAAAUUCACGAGCAAUUAUGAUACUGCCUAAUGUGAAAUUUGAGUGCACUACUCUACACGUGCUUUCGUUUUGCGAUAUAUUGAGGCAAAGAAUUUGAGAGAGAAAUGUGGCAGAUUCGGCAAUAAUCGAAAAUCUGAUCUGUGGGCCAAGUGCAUCGGCUUUUAUGCACGACUCGUCAAAGGUUUCAGUGUAAUCGCUGGUGCUGCUUGGCUUCUCCAGAAGGUACUGCACAACUUGCAUCGCUUGUACAAUCAGAUUAUAAAACGACCACAAACCGUGACAAUCGGAACAAGCGUGAACGAGAUCAAACCAAGCAAACCAAACAAGCGCAAGCGAGAUCUGAUGCGAGCAGACAAUAGUACGAAACUAGCGGCCUGGUUGCGACCAGAUACAAGUAUGCAUCAAGCGGUCAGGCUGGUCCACAUGAAACCAGUUUCCUGCAUGCACCUCACUGAUCACUGAAGGGGACGCACUCAUUGGCGUCCGCUGUUUGCGGCUUACGUCUUCUUUCAUCUGCCGCUUCAUGUUCGCUCUUUCAUCCUUCGCUGUUGUGCUCAAUCACUCGGUUACACCGACGCCGACACUCGCCGCAGGAACAGGCGCCUAAGAGCUGCGCUCUAAAUAUUGUUAGCUUCGAGAAAGUUUGAUGUGCGAUUGUGAAUUAUGUGUGCAAGCACUUUACAGGCAGUCGAUGUUAGCGAGAUUGAGCAGAAGUUCUUGAUCAAUGACAUGUCUUCACUUUUUUGAAGCAGUUUUACUGUAGCAGUCCCCCAGUCUCUCAGAAUUUGUAUAAGGGGACAUCGCACAAGCGCAUAAAGAAGGGCACGGACAGAAAAACAAAAAAAGACACACCAAACGCUAGCGUUCGGUGCGUCUUUCUUCAUGUUUCUGGCCGUGUCCUUUUUUACGCGCUAGUGCGAUGUCCCCUUAUACGAAUAACCACCAACUAACUAGCCCAGCUUUCUGCCUUAAAUCUCAGAAUUUGACCUUCACAUACAGACCUUAUAAACAAAACAAACAUUUAGAUGUAUGUACAUUGCGCAUGUCUUUUCAAAAGGGCAUUAGGUAUGGUGCCCAGUCCAGGUGAUUUCUUUACAUUGAGGUUAAGCAGCAUACUUAAGAUACCAUGCUCACUAAUGAUAAGGUCCUCCAAAGGCGGGAGUGAGGCUUCAAAUUUUGGAAAGAUAUUAUUGUCGUUAGUGAAUACAGAUUUAAAGUGUUCAUUGAAGACAUUAGAUACUGCUUGUGCAUCAGUGACCAGAACAGCUUUGAUUUCAAACCGAUCAUGGGUCCUCGAGGUUGGGGAAACUGAACGCCAGAAUUUCUCGGGAGACUGACAUAAAGUUGGGUAGAGAUCCUUAAAGAUCACAGUGAAGGCCCCGAAUCUGGCAGGUUUGUUGUCUUCAGAUGGCAUGCGAGGGUUUACUGGUCAGUUGCUUGCUCAUUCACAUACUCAUACCUGCCAAGUGCAAACUUAAAUAUUCAUAAGAUCCACGGACAUACGCUUGGAGGGACUGUAGGGAGGCAGGGCGAUAACACCUAUUGUUUUUUAAAACUUCCCUUGACCACACGCCUUUCCAGGGAUACAUACACACUAUACAGUCGCCCACAGCCGAGUACGCCAGCAUUUUGCUUUCCACUCGUAUUAGAAUGUGACUGGCAGCAGGGUGUCAAACCCAUGAGCUCAAGUUCGGCAACAGAAUGCCAUAGGCGCUGAGCAAUCACGAGAGUUAAAAUGAGAUAGUGAUACAAAGAGAAGUAUUUAGUUUGUUAGCUGUAUGAGUGUACACGCACGGCCGCUGCUAGUGGGAACACAGUGCCCAUGGAAUCGCUCCAAGGAGUUCCCCACUAGCGGCGCCUCAUGAAGUCUUGCGGUGCAGGCACAAUCAAAGCGAUUGGCGAAAAGCCCGGGGAGUCAUCUGCUAUGGUGAGUCAUCUGCCAAGACUUCACAAGGCACUGGUGGUGGCGCUCCGCAGAGCGCUGCCCAUGGGCUUUCUUGUUACCACUAGCAGUGGGCGCGCCUGUACAGUUGAAUGCGUGCUUGACACUAUGUUUGUCGACACAUUGUGUAAACAUCAUUGAAGUAUUCCAGAACAAUAUGCGACACAGACACACAUUUAAAAAGAGAACCAUACUUGGUUUUACUACUCUCAUCAUGUUUUACAUUUAUGUACACACAUGUUUGUGAAUUGGCAAUUUCUACUGACAAAGCAGGCAGCAACGCGUUCCUUAUGCAACAGCAGUAGCAGAGAAAUAUCAUGGCAACGCACGCAGAGAUAGAUAAAAGGCAAGCAGGGGCCACAUUUUGCAACGACUAUCACAAAUACAUCCCUCUCACAUUUCGUCAGUGGCUUGCACACACACACUGUGGCAUGCUAUUUUCGCUAUCAGCUACACCCAGAAAGGUCGUCAUUAGCACGUGCAGACCAUCACAUGCCGGUUUACAUUUUUUUUUCUUUUUCCGGGAUCAGCAAUUCAGUAUGACUGAUGACUGAGGAUCGUUACAAACUGUGGCCCCCGAGAAA